AUGAAAGCACACAAGUAUUUAGAGGCUGCUGGCAUCAGUCAAGCUGAUUUUUUACAAGGACCAACAUUCUCCAUCCGGAAAACUUACAACAAACUGAGAGGUGAUUUCCCAAAAGUGCAAUCGAGGAAAAUGCUAUGCAACAACCAGGGAUGCCCAAGGUGGAUCUUCAUCCACUACCUAGCUAUAUAUGGCAGGCUAGCAACCAAAGAUAGACUUAUCAAAUGGUCCAUUAACUGCAACCCAACCUGCCCACUAUGUGAGAACUGGCCAGAAAGCAACAACCACCUAUUUUUUCAAUGCCCAGUAACACAUGAGGUGUGGGAAAAGAUACUAACAUGGCAGGGGAUCCAGAGGCAGAUAUAUACAUGGGACCAAGAGCAAAGAUGGGCAAACAAACAUGCACACGGAAACAAUGCAAGAGCUGAAAUCUACAGGAUGGCCCUAUCAGGAUGCAUAUAUUACACAUGGAAGGAGAGAAAUAUGAGAGUGUUCCAACAGAAGAAGAAGACUACAGCAGUACUGGUCAAACAGAUCAUACAAGACAUACACACCAAAGGAGAGAAGAAGCCAAGAAAUGCAAAGAGACUGAGAGAAUUGAAUUUUUAUCCAUAA